GUUUCCCACAAUAAUUUGUCUGGCCAAAUACAAGAGUUUUUGGGUGAACUUCCUCUUUUCACCAAUCUCAACCUGUCGUUUAGUAGCUUUGAAGGCAAAGUGCCGACGAAAGGAGUGUUCAACAACAUCAGUGCAUUCUCAAUCGUUGGAAACAACGAGUUAUGCGGAGGGAUCAAGCCACUUCGAUUGACUACUUGUCCUACAGAAAUUGCAAAGAAAAGGAAAAUCUUCCCACGUAGAGCGAUAAUUGUGACCAGUUUUGUCCUCUUUGUUGUUUUGUUCUUAACAUGUCUCUUUGCAAUCAAACGACGGGCAAGCUUGUCAAAAAAGUGAAAGGGAAUCACCAGCCCAUUGGAGAAGAAACAUCUGAAACUUUCUUACGCCGAGCUCCUUCAUGCAACUGACAAUUUUUCUUCAGCCAACUUAAUUGGUAAGGGAAGAUAUGGUUCAGUCUAUAAAGGGAUUCUAAGUUCUGAUGAUCAAACAGAAGUUGCUGUGAAAGUACUUAAUCUUCAACAGCGGGGUGCCGACCAAAGUUUCAAAUCUGAAUGUGAAGCCCUUAGGAAGCUUAGGCAUCGCAAUCUCGUCAAGGUCAUUACUUCAUGCUCAAGCAUUGAUUUUCAAGGUAACGACUUCAAAGCCUUGGUGCUCGAGCUUAUGCCAAACGGGAGUUUAGAAACUUGGUUACAUCCAAGUUCAACCAAGGUACACAAUUCACCAAGCUUAAAUCUGAUUCAGAGGCUCAACAUUGCCAUUGAUGUAGCCUCUGCAUUAGAUUAUAUUCAUUCCCAAUUCGACAAGCCGGUCGUCCAUUGUGAUCUAAAGCCGAGCAAUAUUCUUCUCGAUGCUGACCUUACAGCCCACAUUAGUGAUUUUGGCCUAACAAGAUUUCUUUCAGAGACAAUCUAGCAAUCCAAUUCAGAGCAAAGCAGUUCGGUGGGAAUAAGAGGAACCAUGGGAUAUAUUCCUCCAGAAUAUGGAAUGGAAAAGAAAAUAUCCAUACAUGGCGAUGUGUACAGCUAUGGCAUCAUUUCAAUGGAGUUGUUUACUGGCAAAAGACCCACCGACGGAAUGUUUACAGGAGAGUUGAGCCUACGUGAGUAUGUAAAGACUGCCAUGCCUGAUCAUGCAGUGGAGAUAGUUGAUAGUAGGCUCAAUUUUGAAGAUGAAGCAGCCUUCAAUCAAAAUGGCCAAAGCAGCAGAGGCGUCAACAACAUCAUUAAAUGCUUGGGCUCGGUGCUUAGCAUAGGAGUGUCUUGCUCGGAUGAUUCACCGAGUGAACGAAUGAACAUCAGUGAUGUGCUGAGAGAACUUCAGAAGACUAGAAAUAUGCUUCUUGGAGAUCAAAGGAGAAGAGCGUUGCAAGGUUCAGUGCAUCAAAGGGGACAUUAGAAAUUUGUACCAAAAAUAGAAGU